AUGUAUAUGAAAAUAGUAUUUUUGGUCGUCCUGGCCGUUGUGUGCUACACACAAGCUAAAUCGACAAAAGGUACCGUAAGACAUGUUACUCUGGUGUUUAAUAAAUAAAAUAAAUACUGUAGCAUUUUAAACUAGGAAGCUAACUAAUGUGUUUAGAAAUAAAGUACCAUAGACUUUUUUCCGCGAUGAACUUAAGACGAAGGCGAAGGUAGGUAAAGCAAAAGGUGUUCGUAAAAUAAAAUUGAAGGUAAAUUGUGGUAAGGCAAUGGAACUCUAAUUAAACAACAAAUGACCUGGUCCAUUUAUUGUUGUGAUGAUCAAGUGAUAUUUUCGAAUCCAAUCAACACUUUUUAUCGGAUAAAAAAUUCCCACAUCGUCCAUUGUAUUAGGCGAGCAUUGAAGGAAAAAUUGCACGAAAGAAGAAUUCUUUCCUUGGCGCUCUUGUUGUAUUUAACAAACCUUUCGUAGUUGAAGCCAACUCCGGCAUUAAUAAUUCCCUUAGCUGGUGGCCAGAUUAUCUAGAUACUGGCAAGAGAUUCUUUUGUUCAAUCGAAAAUAUUUUCUCUUUCAACUUAUUCUUUGAACAGUACUUUUCUUUUUAUUUCAAAAAUUUCUUUACACUUUUUCUGAUUUUGCUUCUGUAAAAUGUUUUUUUUUUCCAAUAUCCAUUUACCAUGGUUUUUAACAACCGGUAAUAAUUGGUGUUCUACAAUGCGUGAUUUUACUCGCUUGCCCUACAAAACGAAUGGUCUUAGAGAGAUCGUGGAAAGGGUCAAAACUAUCUAAGAGAUCGGUUAAAACGAGAAACUUAAUGUCCUAGUUAACACAUUUUCGAGGCUGUUGAAAACUAUACGAGUUAGGCUCUAUUGAACACAUAACAUUUAUGUAAUCAUGUUCAUUACAACAGGCUCGAAAAGGUGUUGCCCGUGUUGUCCACCACCACCACCACCUCCUCCACCUGUUCAACAAGUCUCCGGACCAAUGGGACCAAUAGGACCACCAGGAUGCUCUGGACCCCCAGGAGCACCAGGAUGCCCCGGAUGGAAAGGAUGCGCAGGUCCAAUGGGUCUUCCUGGACCACCAGGCCCUGCUGGCCCACUCGGUGCAACCGGACCAAUGGGACCCAAAGGAUGUCCAGGCAAUCCCGGUCUUCCAGGAUGCCCUGGACUCAAAGGAUGCCCAGGAUGCGGUGGACCCCCAGGACCUCCCGGAGCCCCAGGACCUCAAGGACUUCCCGGAGCUUCUGCCCCUGCCCCAUGCCCUCCUCCACCACCCCCACCAUGCUGUCCUCCCCCAGCUUGCUGUUAG